AUGUUACACCCAAUCCUUGAUGUUAGCAAUUUUAACAUUGUACUUACCGUCUUGAGUCUCUAUAUCCUUCUUUACGGCUAUAUAUCUCUGCAAUUCAAGCAAAGAUGGUAUCUAGGUGAAGCUCUGCCUGCAUUUCUUGUCGGCAUCUCUUUUGGACCUUUUGGCGCCAAGUUUCUAAAUAUCUCACAAUGGGGAGGAGAGGAAGCUGAAGAGCGCAGCGAAAUCACCUAUGCAUUGACACGCUUGGUUAUCGGGAUCCAAUUGGUUAAAGUCGGAUACCAAUUGCCAAAGCGAUACAUAAAGCAGCGCUCCAUCGAACUUAUCAUCUGUCUACUUCCCCUCAUGGGAAUAGGGUGGGUUAUAACAUCUUCAUGCAUUAUGCUCAUGGUUCCUAACCUCUCAUUUGUUGCUGCGCUGAUCAUCGGCUCAUGCGUGACAUGCACUGAUCCCGUUUUAUCACAAGCAAUUGCCAAGGGUCCGUUUGCUGACAAGUACGUCCGCCGGAAUCUCCGUGAAUUCAUUUCUUCCGAGGCGGGUGGAAAUGACGGGCUUGGGUUUACCUUUCUAUUGCUGGCCGUCUCGCUCCUGCGGUACGCUGAGACUCCUACAAAUACCGAAAGUUUAGACGAAUUUGAUCUGGUUCGGGGAAUCCCGGACGUACUUAGCACCUCUGAUGUCGGUCGCUUCGGCGGAGGUGUCGGUAAAGCUUUGAAGCAUUGGUUUGUAGAAGGCGUCUUAUACAUGAUCGUCGUAGGAGCUACGUAUGGUGCUCUGAUAGGGUUUGUAUCUCGCAAACUAUUGGUCCUAGCCCUGAAGAGGAAAUGGAUUGAGAACGAAAGCCUCUCCCUUGUACCGACGGCUAUUGGGAUGUUAGUCGUCGGCACAUGCGGUUGCGUCGGCUCAGACGAGACCCUCGCAUGCUUCAUGGCCGGGUGUUUCUUGAAUUGGGAUGGCUUGUACAAUUCCGAGAUGCAGGCUCGUCAUGACACUUUUAACCCUACACUCGAAACCCUCCUAAACUUCGGCACCUUCAUGUACCUCGGUGCCGUUAUGCCAUGGGAACAAUUUCAUAUGCCCCACGACACUGGAAUCACACUCCCGCGCCUACUUGGGUUGGGCUGUUUGAUUCUACUUCUUCGUCGAAUCCCAGCAAUCCUACUUGGAUACCGCUUCAUGCCGGCCGUCUGUAAUGACUGGGCUGAAGCUUUGUUCAUGGGUUACUUUGGCCCGAUAGGUAUUGGCGCAAUCUCAUAUGUCGAAUAUGCACGUCGACUCUUUCCCGAGCCCGGCGAAAGCGACAAUGAGAUCAAUAACUUAACCGCAGCCAUGACUCCCAUCGUAUACUGGCUCGUCUUCUUCUCGAUCCUCGUUCACGGUUUAUCCGUCCCUAUCCUUAACACAUGCUACAAACUCUGCAACGUGCCAUACAUCUGCGACCACCCCGUGGAAGUCCUCCUUCUCUCGAACAACGAGCCCCUCCCCAACAACAGCACGGCAAAUCGCGGACGACACUCAGUGAUGGUCAACAACCGCUUCUCACGACCUCCAGAUAGUGACAACGAGACGGACGAUGGUCAAGCAGAAGACACAGCAGCGAUACUGAGAAGAAGCGAAGACAGCGGCGGCAUAAACGAUGGCCGACUAGAAUCACGGAACUCAAUACAAAUGAUACACCGGGCAGUCGACACAAGAGAUAUGGUGUAG